ACAUUUGGUAUCCUUUAUACUGCAGCUGUCAAAAAACACAUGUUCCCUCCUUGGAUUUGUAUUCUCGUUAUUUUAUUAAAAACGAAGUGAAAAGAAAUAUAGUUUGAAAUAGAAUUUGACGAAUUUCUGUUUAAUCUUACAUGAUACAACUUGCUCUAGGAACCACACUAGGUUACCUAAUAUUUAUAUUUGUAAAAUAGAUGUCAAAAUUUAAUAGCACACGUUAAAUGAAAAAUAUAUUUGAUAUUUAUAUAAAGACUUAACGAUUCAUGGUAAAAAGUAAAACUUCAGUCAAGAGAAUACUGAUACGUAACGUAUUUUCAUGAUCCACAAGUUGUCUGCGUGUCAUAAUCGUAGCCGCAGUGUCGCACGGUCAGCUCACGUUUCUUUUAAAUCUAUUACGAAUUUCAACGAUGAUUAGUGGAUUACGACAGAGAAUCCAAGAAUUGGAACACCAAUUACUCGAGGAACAACGUAAAAAUAUGUUCGCGGCAAGAGAAAAGAUAGAACAUAUGUCAAGCGAAGUCGUCGAUUCAAAUCCCUACAGUCGUUUGAUGGCACUGAAGCGUAUGGGUAUAGUGGAUAAUUAUGAAAAAAUAAGAGAACUGACGAUUGCCAUUGUCGGAGUAGGCGGAGUUGGCAGUGUAACUGCGGAAAUGUUAACGAGAUGCGGGAUUGGAAAGUUGAUUUUGUUCGACUACGAUAAAGUAGAAAUGGCCAAUAUGAACAGAUUGUUCUUUCAACCGUAUCAAGCUGGCCAGAGCAAAGUGGAAGCAGCAGCAACGACUUUGCAGUACAUCAAUCCAGAUGUAGAAAUAGAAACCCAUAAUUAUAAUAUCACCACAGUUGAUCACUUUGAUCAUUUCAUGAAUACUAUAAGUACAGGAAGUUUAAGCAAAGGACCAGUGGAUCUAGUAUUAAGUUGUGUAGAUAAUUUCGAAGCAAGAAUGACUAUUAAUACUGCGUGCAACGAACUUAAUCAGAAGUGGUUCGAGAGUGGAGUUUCGGAAAAUGCUGUUUCAGGUCACAUUCAGUUCAUUAUACCCGGAGAAACGGCUUGUUUCGCGUGCGCUCCUCCAUUGGUAGUGGCCGAAAAUAUAGACGAGAAAACAUUGAAACGAGACGGUGUUUGCGCAGCGUCUUUGCCAACAACAAUGGGUAUUGUGGCAGGCUUCUUGGUUCAAAACGCGUUAAAGUACCUCCUAAAUUUCGGUGAGGUAUCCUAUUAUCUGGGCUACAAUGCUAUGCAAGAUUUCUUUCCGAAAAUGACGUUAAGGCCGAAUCCGAAUUGCGACGAUAGGUACUGCAAAGAACGCCAACAAGAAUAUGAAUCGAAACCGAAAACGGAGAAGAAAGUAGAAGAAACAGUUGAAGAUAAGCCUGUACAUGAAGAUAACGAAUGGGGAAUAUCUCUCGUGGAUGAAGAAGAUGAGCAGAUACAUGAGAAUGAGCAUUUUACUAACGCCUCGGAUUCAACGGAUUUUCAAACUAUUCAGGCUGAUGUUAGUUUAGACGAACUAAUGGCACAGAUGAAAUCGAUUUAAAUUUGACUAACUCACGAGGAUUGCUUUAGUACUACAAACGCUACCGCAUACCCAUUCCACUUUUUUACGUUAUUUAAAGAACAGAAACAUGCUGCAAUAUGAUACACAUUUGUAUAAGUUAUUCGAUAAAAAAAUUUAUUAACGUUAAACAUCGAA